CUAUCACCUAUGCACAUGACCAAUGACCAUAAUAAUAAUUUGUCGUUUGAUCUAAGCCCGCCAAAGUUGGCCAAAGUAUUAAGUAAUAACUACGAAUUAAGAUCUAUCUUAAAUCGUUGCUAUAAUCGACGUUUAACAUCAAAUUUGAUUUUUGACGCUGGUAAGCUCGUUUCACAGCAACUGGUGUAUGAAUUAUUUUACCUAGUCAUUAAUAUGGAGGUUGAUGGUAAUGAUUCAUUUGAAGAGAAGUAUCUUUUAGUCGCUAAAGCUGACAAUGUGAAACACAUUUCUUCUUUGUUGAAGGCAGUUAAUUUUAAAGACGUUGGCGUGUGUUUUGCAACCGAACAUGGUUUAAAAAUUGUGGUAGAAGAUUCCAAAUGUGUACAAGCAAACACUUUUAUAGGCAGCGAAAUAUUUCAAGAAUAUCACCUUAAUGAUGAUACGGUUGCCUUUCGUGUUGAUCUCAAUACUUUGAUCGAAUGUCUCACAAUAUUUGAUGGGUGUUCGACUAAUCCUAGUUCCACAACUGCUUUAAAGUUAACAUACAAAGAAUAUGGUUCUCCAGUAAAAUUAUUGUUAGAAGAAGGCGGUAUCAUUACUGACUGCUCGUUAAGAACGAUGGAAGUAUUCGAUAUACUAGACUUCAGUAUACCGGCUGAAUCGACUACCAGUAAAAUUAUAUUAAGGUCCUCAGAUUUUAAGGACAUACUCAGUGACAUAGAUAGCACAUCUGAUUACGUAGAAUUUACAUUUUCUGAAGAGCCACAGUUUUUUAAAAUCUUAACUUCUGGAGUUGCAGGAAAAUGUAGUGUUGAGAUACCGUCCAAAAGUGAAAUAAUGGAGCAGUUUCUUUGCAACACGUCAAUUACUGUUAAAUAUAAAUAUAAACAGAUUAAACCUUUUUUAAAAUGUAUGAAUAUAUCACAAAAAACAUUGAUACGGACAAAUGAGGAAGGAUUGUUGUGCUGUCAAUUCAUGGUCCAAGUAGAUAGCCAUACUUGUUAUUUAGAAUAUUUUUGCACACCUAUUGUUGAUGAAGACUGAUGACCGAUGCAUCAAAACACAAAACAUAUUUUGUCGUUUCAUACAUUAUAAUACAUAAUUGAUUAUUACUAAAUUUUAUCAUAUAAAUUACAUUUACAACCUAAAACUAAUGAACAAUUUAAAAGUUUGUCAUAUCUCUAUGAAAAUUGAAAAGUGUAAAUUAUUGUCGUUGUUGAACAUGUAAAGUAAAAAUAAAAAAAUAUAUUUUA